AUUUUCAUUUGAAUUUAAAAAUUGAAAGCUCGUUAUUUGUUUAUGUACAAAAUCUUCUAUUUAUUUUUGUUCACUUAAAUGCUCUUAAACAUUCAAUAGUUUAAAUACUCCUGUUUAAGAUGGUCAGAUUUGCAAAUCUCAAAGGUUUUUAUGAAAUUGAGAAAACAAUAGGAUGUGGAGGUUUUGCUAAAGUCAAAUUAGCUACUCAUUUAGCUACUGGAGAAAAAGUUGCAAUUAAAAUAAUGGAUAAAGCCUUACUAGGAGUGGAUUUAGCACGAGUGAAGCUAGAAAUAUCCGCUUUAAAGUCAGUUUCCCAUGAAAAUAUUUGUAAACUGUUUCAAGUUAUUGAAACAGAUACACAUAUGUUCCUUGUUAUGGAGUACUGUUCAGGUGGGGAAUUAUUUGACCAUAUUGUUGAAAAAAAUCGUCUAACAGAAACAGAAAGCAGAGUUUUUUUUCGACAAAUUGUUUCAGCUGUUGCAUAUCUACAUAGUUUGGGAUAUGCUCAUAGGGAUCUUAAACCAGAAAAUAUUCUUCUAGAUAGUCAACAGAAGCUAAAGUUAAUAGAUUUUGGUCUCUGUGCAAAACCCGAAGGCGGUAUGGAAAAUCCUCUAUUUACGUCUUGUGGUUCACCUACAUAUGCAGCUCCAGAACUUGUUCAAGGAAAACAGUAUUUGGGUACAGAAGUAGAUGUGUGGGCCAUGGGUGUACUGUUAUACACUUUAUUGGUAGGAGCUCUUCCUUUUGAUGAUUUGAAUAUAGAUAGCUUGUAUAGAAAGAUAUUGACUGGUAAAUAUGAAGAACCAACAUUCCUCUCAUCAGCUAGCCUUCGGUUAAUAAAAUCUAUGCUUCAAGUUGAUCCUAAAAAGAGAAUUACCAUUAAAUCAUUAAUUUCGCAUCCAUGGCUUACACUCGGGAUACUAAAAUCCAUAGAAGUGACAAGUCAGAAUUCUAGGGGAUAUCAACGUGAUUGCGUCGAACUCAUGGCUAGACAUUACCACGUGGAAAAUAAAACGAUGUGGCAGCAUUUAAAAAAAUGGAAAUAUGACUAUCAUACUGCUACUUAUUUAUUAUUGUUAUAUAAAAAGAAGAAAGGAUCCAGUCUUAAAUUGAAUGAUGCAGCAAAGAGAGCUUCUGUAGAUAUUGAUAAGGAAAGUACCUUCAAGAAGAGGCCCGUUCUUCGAAGUAUAAAUUCACCAUCUGCAGUAGAAACUCCACAUAAAGCUACUGAUUCACAGUAUAUCAAUGAGACCAACAUUUUUUUGACAAGGUCGCAAAGAGAAGCCGGAGAUGCUUGCAAUAACAGUACACCAAAUCACACUCCAAAGAACACAAUUAAUAAUUUCUUAGAACCCUCGAAACCAUCUAUUAUAAGGAAACCUUAUAAAAGAUUAAGAAGUCCUGGUCCUGAUGACAUGUCACCAGUUCCCUCUAAAAGAAUAUCCACGGAGCCUGCCACACCAGUGCACACGCCUGAUAGGAAAAUACCUUCGGUAAAUUCGGACACUCCAAGAUCAGCUAAACGUGUUUUAGGAAGCAUUGAAAGGUCGUUUCAAAGAGUCGUGAAUGUACUUACACCCAGAAAAAUAGAAGAAUCUUAUAAUAAUCGCCCGCAUGUACUUACGUGUAAAGAACUCUUCAACGUUUCAACUACUCAAUGUAGGGAUCCUGAAUUUGUUAUGGCUGAACUGACCAAGGCUUUGGAGAAGAAAGGUGUUACUUGUAAGAGAAAAGGGUUUACUUUAAGAGGAAAACUGGAACCUGCCCCUAAUCAGAAUUUCGGAGUGUGUUCUUUCGAAUUGGAGAUAUGUUUUUUGCCAGAUCUAACUCAGAAUUUACCCCAAUCAGAACUAAGUACGCCGACGAAAACUUUAUCGAAGAAAAAUAUUAAUAAUACACCUAUGCAAAAUCAAUCUAAUGGUUUUGUUGGUAUAAGAAGAAAACGACUAAGAGGAGAUGCUUGGUGUUAUAAGAAAGUAUGUGAAGAAAUUUUGGCUUUAACAUCGAGGGAUUUUGUUGGAUACUCUGAAUCAUCUGUGUAAAUUAACCAUAGUUUAUAUUGUUAGGAGAAAACAAUGUAUUUAUUCUUAUUAUUAAUUGAAAAUAGUACUGUGGUACAUUUUUUACUAGAAAAUUUCUUUAUGGAGUAAGUUGAAAUUAAUUAUUUAUAAUGCAUUUCGAUGAACAAGAUGCUUAAGGCUUUCAACAUAUUUAUAACAAAGACGUUAUUAAACUGCAGUGUUAUUAUUUUGGUAUUCGAAAAAAGUUAAAAUAUGAUCAUUUUGUAACUGGUCUCGAUUAGUUCCAUGUAUAGAGAUCUAGUAAUAGAAAUGUUGAGGCCUAUUACCUUCAUGUGAGAUUUACAGUAUCUUACAGUAUCUUAAUAUGGUAAGCGUAGUUUAUAUUUAUGUGUUAACUUAUCUUUAGCACAAUGUCUUAUAUGUGUGUUAAUCAGUCGAACCAAUAACUUUUCGUUUGAUUAUUUUUUUUUCUGUUAUACAAGGUAUCUCUAGAAACUCCCCAGAAAAACGUUAACAACAGAUAGUGGAUACGAUUUUAUAUGAAAGUUUCUCCAAAGUCGAUCAAGUAUUACGUAACGCACUUUUAUAAGAUAUUUGCUUCAUUUGCAUCAUCUUCGUCUUCAUCAAACCAAUCUGCAUUCUUAGAUGAUGUUUCACGCACAUUGCAGAGAAGCUUAUUUGCCCUUUUGGUAAGAAGUCGUUGUGGCUGUACUAUUUCACGAUGAUCUUGGACAGUUUUGCUAUGCACAAAAUGACUGUGUAACCAAUUAAUGCCUGAUGUGAGAAGAAAUAAUUUUGCAUUAUAUUGACAAAUUUUUAAAAAUUGAUUUUUUGCAAAAAAACUGUAGAGACCUUUUUCGAAGGUCUUUUUAAAACAAAUCUUUAUUAUUCGAAACUUUUUUUUAACUCUCUCUUUGUUUAAGAGGUAUAGUUUUAUAACCAAUUAAAUUGUUUAUAACAAAUUACACGACAGAAUUUGAGCUUGGAACCCUAGAAAAAUCGAUUCUACGUAUCAAAAAACAUAGAAAAACGCUCUAAAACUGAAGGGAGUAUAAAACGGCUACGGCUCAGCCCCGUAGCUGUGGAACUAUUCGUUUUCCGUCAAAUAUUAGGUGACCCAUGUACUUUUCUCAAAAUCUGUAAGUUAUCCAAAAACUUUAAUAACAAAAGUUCUUUAUAUUUAAAGGAAUUUUCGGAUUAUUGACUUUUGGAUUAUACAAGAGACAAUUGCCCUAUAUUUUAUUGCGUUUUUUGAUUUAGUGGUAAAAAAAAGAUAACUUUCAUGAGAUCGACCAAUUUUAUUUACACACACAUACACCACACCAUAAAGAAAAAAAGGUUUAUUAGCUCGCUGUGACAGAUAUGUCGUCACAUUUCUAUCGGGCUGUAAUUGAUUGAAUGAAUACAUUGAUUUUCCAAAAAAUACGUGUUUUAUAAUAUUUAAAAAUAAUUCACAAAAUAUUGUCUAUUUUAAAAUUUGUGGUGUGGGUUACAAAGGGUUAAAAAAAGAUACAGACACAAAUAUGAGUAGUGUGUUAAUUUUCACCAAGUUUAUAUGGAAAAUAAGUGAUAAUGAAGACAUUUAAAAGGCAUUCUAUUUUAUAAUUUAAAUUAAUAAUUGCUUCUCUGUCAUUUCGAAAUUGGACAUUAGAGGAUAGAAAAUAUAUGUAUGGUCAAAAUAUAUUUUCUUUCCAUAGUUGUGGUGAUCAGUUUAUACUUUGCUUGGAAACCGAAAUUAGAUCAAAAUGUCAAUAUUGUUUCCUACAAACAAAUUUAUUAAUUUAGACAUAAAGUCGAUAUAAGUUAUUUAAAAAAAUAAAUGCUGAAUUGAUAUUAGAUUCCGUUGACUCGAAGUAAAUUGAAUUGUUUCUUAUUUCGGACUAGGUAUUUUGGAUAUAAGCGAAAUUUUCAUCACGAAUUGUUUGCUUGGACUGUUGAAACAUUUUAAUCUCCGAUUGGUAGAAAGAUAUCUGCUCAAUAUCUUCGGAGAAUGUGUAUACAAGAUUAUGUAUUCGGAAUUUUCUUACAAAACCAUUUGAUAUAAUAAGAAAAUAAAAUGAAUAACAAUUUGAUGCUGCUACUAUUUUUCGUGUGGUGGACAGGUUUUACUUUUGGAAUCAUUCGUCGGAGUCAUAGAAAAGACCUACAGGAGGUUCUAUUAAUCGUAUAUCUGCCGCAAAAUGAAAAUAUUGUAAUGUCCUAUUUAAUUAUUUAAACAACAGUUUUUAAUCACCAACCGGUGCGGUGCGAUAUACACUAGUUAUUAAUACGCUAACUGUUCACUAACACUUAACAUGUAAUUUAUUUGAUUCACUUUUAUUUUCACUUGACACUGUCGAGAUGUAUUCGGGCUGCCAUCAAAUUGUUCACUAAGUCUUAUAGCUACUAAAGCAUCGUUAAAGGAGAAGGUUCCCCUUUUAUGUAUUUGAUUAUAAGUCAAAAAAAUGUACUCCUAUAAAUAUCAAAUUCAGCACACAUAUAUCCCAAAAAUUGUUGUUACUUCCUGAUGUAGUAUUUUGGGUAGUAAAGCAAAAAUUAGCGAUAAAAAUCGCAGACAUAAGUGUUUUUUCAGCUCAUCACACUACUCAUGUGCCCAACUAUUACACAUUAAACACUGUACCAAUUGUGUCGUCCUUGAAAUGGCCAUCGCAAAACAUGCAUACCGUCUGGAAUGUCACUAAUUUUUUCCAUGUCGUUAUCCUCAUCAGCUGGAGAGAAAUCAUCCGAAUCUUCCUCAUCCUCCCCUUCUUCCGACCGAGCAGUUUUUCCUUUUUUAGGGGCUGGCAGCUUUUGGAUUUUCUUUUCCUUUGAAGUUGUUAUUUGUAGUUUGCACUUUACCUUGUUACUUAUAUUUGGUAUUGAUAUUUCUAAUUCCAUUUUAUAAGGAGAGGAGGUGAUCAUUUGAGAUUUUGAAGAUUUUCUUUCUCGAUCCGUUGCUUUUUAUCUCAAUGUUGGUAUUGGCGAUACUUCGAAAGGAGAUACGAAAUUUUUCAAGAGCCCAGUUUUAUUCUUUGGAAUACGUUUUGCUGCACCAGUUUCCUUUGACCUUCCUGUAUUAUUUGCUGCAAAUCGAGGUCCAGUGUUGUCUUCUGGUCUACGCCAUAUGUCCAAGCAGUCUGGUUAAUGCUCUUUGUCAAUCGAGCAGCUUAGUUCAGGCUCGAUGUCCUUAGAGCAGCCUAGUUGAGGGUCAUUGUCCAGGUCUUCUUUCAGUGAUUCAUUUAAAUCAACAGAGACUGCAGGUGUUGUCUUGCAUGAAGUAUUGCAGAAUUUUUCUGCUUCAGUUUGCUCACCGAUGAAGUCAACUUCAGAAAAAAUAUUACGAUUGCAUGGAAAAAUUCGUGUUACUCUGAACCCUUUGAUACUAUUUUGGCAGUUUGGGAUUUUAAAAAUGCUUUUCCCAACAGUUCUGCUAGAUCAAAUUGAGAAAUAACCCUUUGAUUUUCACGUAUUCAGCACCUGAUCUCUUCGUUAUGAUUAACCUUGCAGCUACCCAUAAAUGUUUUGUAUAAAGGCUGUAAUUUGUGGGUAGCUUGUGAUGGGAGAGAAAAGAUGUAGGUGUGAUAGCUGGCUAGUUUUAUCACAUCUAUGUUCAGAGUGUGGCUGUAGUGUCCGUCUAGUACCAACAAUACCAGAGAACCAGCGGUUGGUUUUACGAAGUCUAUAAAGUGCCUCAUCCACUCGGUAAAUAGGUUUUGUUGCAUCCAUCCACUUGGGUGAACUGCAUAUACAGAUCCAGGUGGCGCACUUCUCAAGAGUCACUUCUAUUUUUUCUUCGAACAAUUAUCAUCGGUGGGACUUAUUGUCCUCCUGCGCUCAUGGCUACAAUAAAUGUUAUUAUAAACGUUAUAAUGGUCUCUGUCAAUAACUUCCACAACUUUGCUUCGAACAAUAGAAAGACCUGUUUCGUCGACAUCAAAGAUUCGAUGAUGGAAACUUAUUUUUAUGGUAUUCAGUUUCCAAAAGAUUGAAGAACUCUUGUACGUUGAUUUUAUUGAAUCCUAGCGCCCGAGCAAAAGUCUUCGCGUUUCUGUGACGAUGUAUCUGUCCAACCAAGAGCGUCCGGCAACAUCAUUUUUGAAAGCAUGCUUAGUACCGUUUCCUAGAGCUAAAUUGUAAGCCAUUCUUUGAACAACUUUUCUUGUAAGUCCGUAAUACUUUGCUUUCAUGAUUAAGAUAUAUUGGAUUAAUUCCAGUUCUAUUUCACAUCCUAAAACAGUUUUCCUCCCAAGUUACUAGUUCUUCAGGCUCUAAAUUUUCAUUUCGUAAAAAUCUUUAUAAUAUCGAUCUGGGAACUCGAUAAUCUCUAGCAGCGACUCUAAAGCCAACUCCUUGGUUUCUGACUGCUUCUCUUGCAUUAACCAUUGCGUUCGAAGCCCAAGCUUUUCUCACAUUAUCACACUCAUGUUUUGGCUGUUUUCUUGGCAUCUCAACUGAAAAGAAAAACAAUUCUAAUCAACUUGGUUUCUGAUUGCUUCUAUUGCAUUCACCAUUGUGUUCGAAGCCCAAGACUUUCUCACAUUAUCACACUUAUAUUUUUUCUGUCUUCUAGGCAUCUCAACUGAAAAGAAAAACAAUUGUAAUCAACUUGGUUUGAAAUAUGGGCUAGGUUCAUAAUAGGAUCAACAACUGUCCCAUAUUAGAAGCAAUUGAGGUCUAUGGAAAUUAGAGAUUUAUUUUAUUUCUGGUUAGGUGCAGACAUUUUUAUAAUUUGUAUCAUAAUUUUUACUACAACAAGCAAGCUAACUCUGAAUUUAAAGACAAAUGUCAAUCAAAACAAGUGAUCUUUACUUAACUAAGAAUUAUUUCCAAUAUUACCAAAAAUGAAAUUUUCCAGUGGUUCGAUUGUUUUUGCGUAGAAAUUCAGCACGUGUCUAUAAAUCGAACUAGACACAGUGAGAGUAAUUUGAGAUAUAUUCGGAGGAUGGGGCUUUCUGUCUUCCAGGGUGUCCCAUAUUAGUAGCAGGGCCCAUAUUCGGAGCUUCUCCUCUACAAAUACUAUCAUUGUAAAUAUUUCGAUUCCUGGAAAUCUCCAGGUCAAUCACAAAAUCAAUGUAAAUAUGUCACAAAAAAAAUCAUAAUGUAACACAUCACUCAAUAAGUCGAGUGACCAACUAAGAAAAAAGUAUUGCUUUUCUGCCACAAAUCGAUUUUAUUCAUAAAUGUAAUCUCCUUCAAGGGCAAUGCAAUCAUUCCAACGCUUCCCUAACAUCUCGAUGUCGUGCAUGUAGGGAUUUGUCUUUUGCCUGAAAAUAGGCUUCAGUUUUAGCAAUUGCUUCUUCAUUUGAGCUGAAUUUCUUACCAGCGAGAUCAGCGAAUAGCCAAUAGUCACAGUUGUAUGAGGAAGCAAUUCAAAGUUUAUGGUCCGUGAAUAAUCCCGUUUCAUCACCAGUCCAUAUGUUAGCAGCUGGUAACAGAGGACAUUUUCGAGAUCUGCUCUGAAACUCAUGAAGGUAAGAGCAACGUUGGUUCGAUUAAAUGCAAUAGAUCUCUCUAAGCAGGUUGCUUCUUGUUUACGUAGGGAUAAAUCAUUUUUAUAACUCUUUCUAAAAAGACGCAUCCCUAUUAUUUGGAACAGCAAAUUGAUAUGCUAACUCUCGAACGUUUCGUAACGUCAAACCGGAUUGGAAAUUUCCUUUUUUUGCAGUUGCCAUGUACACGGUUGUAGUCUUUUUUACCUUCAUGGUCAAAGGACUGCAUGUAUUUCUGAAUCGUGCUUCUUGCUAAACUAGUACGCUUUGCAGCAAUGUAUAAUGUAAAUUUUCUUUCUUAUAUCAAAUAAUGGCUCAUCUUAGUUUGUCAAUGGUUUGCAUGUGUCUCCGAAUUGUGCUUCUUGUUAAUGCAGUAUGUUUUGCAGCACUGUAUAAUGAAAAUCUUUCUUUUAUAAAUUUUAUCGCUUAUUUCAUUUUUUCCGGAUUAGAUCGUCGAUCCCUUUUUUUCCUGUUGUGCUUCGGGGCAUAUUUUAUUGUGAAAGCAUCGCUCAAAGCAAUAACUGCGGUACAUUUUAUGAAUAAAAGGACGCAAGAUUAUAUUUUCUAAAAUACGAUGACUCUCGAACCUGUCUCACGUACAUCAUGUUGUACGUUGGACAUGUUCAAGGUACAUCGGGUUUAUUGUGUUCUAGGUACAAUACCACAUCAAAGAGUUAAACAAAUAAUCAUAGGAAGUUUGACGUUAUGAGUAUAUAGGUUAAAAAUUCAUGAAAUAAAUGCCAAGUAACUGAAUAAAAUACUGGAGUGAGAUCCCUAUCAAUUAAAUACAAAAUGCAGACAAAAACUAAAGAAGAAAAAAUUUACAUUUUACACAUAAAAAUUGUAAACCACUUUUGUCAACAGAUGAUCAGAAUCGUGUUCAUAUUCUGAGUUGUUUAUCGAUGCAUGAUAUACAAUUACACAGUUGAGUUAAAAGUAACUAAUGUAUGUAAAGUAUGUUCAAGGUAUAAAGAUUUUUGAGGUAUAAGAGGUACCCCUAUAAAUACUUUUCGUCAAUUCAAGAUUGCAAAACGUCAAAAUUCCUUUUAGGUACAAUCAUUUAGUGUAUGAUAGACUACACUGAAAAUUCGAAGCCAAACGGUGGGUUCCCGUUUUCGGAACUCCAGCCUAUGAUUGUUUACUGAAUUAAUGAAAUCACAUUUAUAGCGAUCUUAGCAAUUUUAGAAAAUAUAAAUCCGACAACCUUUAUUUUUAAUGUCUAUAUAUUGACUUUAUUAUACCAUGCAUUACUAUAACUGUACUUUAAGCAUAUAUAAAAUUAUUUUUCACACCUGUCGUAAAGUAUAAGCAUUGUUAUUAUAUUAGACAAUUAUCAAGAAACAUAUAUGUAUAACCUGUAUAAAAAGCACUGUAUGCAAAGGUUAACCGAGUGAAAGAAAUAUCUAAGAAAUAAAAUUGGUGAAUAGGUUUUUUAAAUUCGAUAUUAAUAUAUAUUUUUGAAUCUGAUCUUUAUUUUGCAUUAAUUAUUAAAGUAUAUUUUGAUCCAAGAUUCAAUUGUUAUCUCAAACUAAUAUAAAUUUAUUAAUAGUAUGGUCAUGUGUGAGAAAAAAUUAAAUAAAAUAUUGAUAAAA